UGCUUGAGCCCCAGACUUACGUCCCGAGGAGAAAGACAGAGCUAGCUAACAGUGUGCAGCUAGCAAACAUCCACUCUCCCGAGAAGAAGGAGAGCUGUGCUUGAACAUACGUGCAGAAUACCUUAGGUGAAGCCUGUCUGCGUUAAGAUGAAGAGGCGGACACACUUUGGUUUGGCGCUGGUUUGUUUGCUGGUCUCGUCUUUCUGUUCGUGCUCUGCGUUUUAUCUUCCGGGUUUAGCCCCAGUGAGUUUUUGUGAAGACAGCGAAAGCGGUGAAGAUUGCAAGUCAGUUAUUCAGCUGUUUGUAAAUCGCUUGGACUCGGUGGAGUCAGUCCUGCCUUAUGAGUAUGAUGUGUUUGACUUUUGCAAAGAUGCAAAGGAAAUUAGGCCUUCUGAGAACCUUGGACAGGUGCUGUUUGGUGAACGGAUUGAGUCUUCACCAUACAAGGUCAACUUCAAUAAAAAUGUUAAGUGCGAGACGGUGUGCACCAAAAACUACAAGAAAGGCAACCAGGAGGAUGCCACCAAACUGGAUUUUCUUAAAAUGGGAAUGCAGCUGAAUUACCAGCACCACUGGAUCAUUGACAACAUGCCGGUCACUUGGUGCUAUGAUGUGGAAGAUGGACAGAAGUACUGCAACCCCGGCUUCCCCAUUGGCUGCCUUGUUACCACAGAUGGCCGAGCGAAAGAUGCUUGUGUUAUCAAUUCCGAGUUCAACAAGAAGAACACAUUUUACGUCUUUAACCAUGUGGACAUCAAGAUCACCUACCACAGUGGAGCAAAAGAAGACUGGAGAGGGGCUCGGCUGGUCGCUGCCACUCUGGAGCCAAAGAGUAUCAAACAAACAGAUGAAAAAAAACCAGUUUGUGAAGGAGGCAAUCCGAUGGAGGUCCCUGGGACGUUUGAAAAUGAUGUGUCGAUAGUUUACACCUACUCAGUCACGUUUGAGGAAAACCAUUCUAUCAAGUGGGCCUCAAGGUGGGACUACAUCCUUGUCUCCAUGCCUCACACCAACAUCCAGUGGUUUAGCAUCAUGAACUCCUUGGUCAUUGUCCUCUUCCUGUCUGGCAUGGUUGCCAUGAUCAUGCUGAGAACCCUGCACAAGGACAUUGCCAGAUACAACCAGGUGGACCAGGCAGACUUGAUAAAGCUUCCAACGACCAAGGAAAAAGCCUCUGUACUCUACGAGGACGCACAGGAGGAGUCGGGCUGGAAGCAGGUGCACGGCGAUGUUUUCCGUCCCCCCAGGAAAGGCAUGUUGCUGUCCGUGUUCCUCGGACAGGGCACCCAGAUAUUCAUCAUGACCUUCAUCACUCUCUUCCUGGCCUGUCUGGGUUUCCUGUCACCGGCGAACAGAGGGGCGCUCAUGACCUGUGCUGUGGUCCUCUGGGUUCUGCUGGGCACGCCUGCCGGCUAUGUGUCUGCACGCCUUUACAAAACUUUUGGAGGUGAAAAGUGGAAGACAAACGUCCUGCUGACAGCACUCCUUUGCCCAGGGAUUGUGUUUGCAGACUUCUUCCUGAUGAACCUGAUCCUUUGGGUGGAGGGAUCAUCAGCAGCAAUCCCCUUUGGCACUCUGGUGGCCAUUUUGGCUCUGUGGUUCGGAAUCUCUGUGCCCCUGACCUUCAUUGGUGCCUACUUUGGAUUCAAGAAAGCUGCAAUUGAGCAACCAGUGCGAACAAACCAAAUCCCCCGCCAAAUUCCUGAGCAGUCAUUCUUUACAAAGCCUAUUCCUGGUAUAGUGAUGGGGGGCAUCCUGCCCUUUGGCUGCAUCUUCAUCCAACUGUUCUUCAUUCUCAACAGCAUUUGGUCUCAUCAGAUGUACUACAUGUUCGGGUUCCUGUUCCUGGUUUUCAUUAUUCUACUCAUCACAUGCUCUGAGGCCACAAUUCUGCUCUGCUACUUCCACCUAUGUGCUGAGGACUACCACUGGUGGUGGCGUUCCUUCCUGACCAGCGGCUUCACAGCAGUCUAUCUGUUUGUCUACGCUGUGCACUACUUCUUCUCGAAGCUGCAAAUAAUUGGAGCUGCCAGCACCAUCCUCUACUUUGGAUACACUAUGAUUAUGGUCCUCAUCUUCUUCCUCUUCACAGGUACAAUUGGCUUCUUCGCCUCCUUCUGGUUUGUAAAUAAGAUCUACAGUGUGGUCAAGGUGGACUAGAGGACUGAGGGAAAGACUGACUCCUUCCUGUCGCAGUGCCGGCCUCCUCAGUGCUGGCUGGGUGAUAAAGUGGUCUGAAUGGUCCUGAACUGAAACCAUCACUUAUCAGAGAAAAGACCCGAAGAGCAGAGCCCGUCCUCUUUUGUGCUUUAAACCUACGUUGCUAUCGUUUUCUGUUCUUUUUUUUAAUAUAUAUAAUUUUGUCUUCACUGUUGACCAGUAAUAUUUUGAGUGGCACCUUGUAAAUCAGUGUGGGUUCCAAUGAUCUAUCUAUCUGUCAUAGUGAGCAUUUUGUUUUGGUGGGUUUAACAAGAAAAGCGGAAAUGUUUUUUUGUUUAUUUUCAUUUUCUAAAGAAAGUAAAAUGUUCUGUAUUUUUGCUUUUCUAUUCCCUUUCGCUAAAUGUUUUGUUUUCCAUUACCAGUAAUGUAAGGAUGAAAAAAUGUUUGUACAUAUGCUGUAUAGAAAGCGUGAGCGGGAGAAUGCUACUUAAAGAUUGUCAUCAGUAUGGAGUCAUCUGUAGGAGUUUCUUUUCUUUUGUAAGGUGAAGAUGGGGCUAUACAUCCUUAAAUAUCAGCCUGUAAUGUAGUUCAGAAAUUAUAUAUAAAACACUGACCUUGCUAUGA